AUGAUUGACAAAUGGAGCAGGCCUUAUGGUCGUGCUCCUCACCUAAACAAAACACGCACUUGUCGUGUGAAUCCUUAUGCAGUAUCUGAUGCCCGCAAUUAUAUUUGCUAUUUUUCUCAGACAUUGCUGGGACUUAACAAUUUUCCAGUGAUCCCAUGCUUUAUCUCUAGCUUUGAGGAGGGCUUUGGUUUCUUUGAUAUAUCACACCUUCUACAGCCUGAAUUUGUUCCAGGGACGUGCUCUAACAACUCCUGUGAGAAUGGUGGACUAUGCUUUGUGAAGAAAAACAAAACUGAAUGCAGAUGCAAAGCAGAUAAUGAUUUCUGGUAUAUGGGAGAACGGUGUGAGAAAAAACGUAGAGCAGAAGUCCCUGUCGACAUUGGACUUGCUUCAAGUUUUGCAGCAGCUGCCUCUGUGCUGAUGACUGUUAUCAUAAGUGUAUACUGUAUUAGAAAAGACUACUACAAUAAACUAACAGAGUUCAAUGAUGACUGCUCUUUCGAAAACACAACUUCAUGUUGA